AGAACACGCGACUGAAUAAAACUUCCGUGAAAUAUUCACCAUUGCGUUGAAAUGUUGGCAUUUUGACGUCGCUAUUUAAAAUUGAAACAAGAUGGCAAUGCCAAAGCCAUUUUCUGUUUAAAUAGAACGUUGUAAAUACAUACAACAGUGACCUGGAGUUGGUAUGAAAAGUUGCAUGAAACAAUUUCAAACAGAGAACAAUCAAAUGACAUUGCCCGAUGGUUUAUAUUUAACAUAAUUAUUGGAAAAUUUGUUGAGUGGGAGACGUGUACGAACAAAAAUGGCGGGGCCAUCGUACAGUAUUGUUGAAUAUUAUCCAGGAAUAAGCAAAGAUAGGUGUGGCUACUGUAACCGUUCGGCUAGCUCUAACUCCAGAUAUGGCAUGGAUGCAAUUACCAUGGAAGUAGAAGACUAUCAAGCUUUAUUAGACAGGGGUUGGAGAAGAAGUGGCUGUUACUAUUACAAGCCACGUAUGGACCAAACAUGUUGUCCUUCAUAUCCUAUCAACUGCGAAGCAUUGAACUUUAAGAUUUCUAAGUCGCAGAAGAAAAUUCUGAAAAAAAUGGGAAAAUUCUUAAGAAAUGAAUUGCAUAAAGAUGAUAUGAUGGAUACAAGAGAAGCAGACCGUAAUAAUAUAGAUAUUGAAAAUCCCCGUUUCCAUAAGCAUCCUCGGAAAACAGAUGCUUCCAGUAUAAACAUCAAGGCUAUUCAUGAUGAAGUUAAUGUAGGAUCACAACUUAUUAGCUCGGAAAAUGAGAAAGAAAGUAAUUCAAUUAUACAACAAGAGCCCUCACAAAGCAUACCUCAGGCAACAAGUCAAAGUGAGAAUACACAAACGACAUCCAGAAGCCUAGAAUCUGUAGAAAUGAAUCCAAAUAGAACAUUCUGUAAAAAGGCGAAACUUAUACGCAUAGAACGUAAAAAGGCCAAGUUAUUAACACAAGGGAAAAGUCAGGAAGAGAUAGAUGCUAUGUUCAAGAAAGAAAACAAACAACAGAACCAGGGAAAAAGUGUAGAGGAAUUGUUUGAUGAAGUAUUUAGUGCAUCAAAUAGAUUGAAGGUUACAUUAGUCAGAACCUGGCCAAUGUCCUCUCAAUACCUAAGUACAGAAAAAAAGUCGCAUGAGGUGUAUAAAAAAUAUCAAAGAAUAAUACAUGGAGAUCCAGAGGCGAAGUUGACAUUGGACCGGUACAAGGAAUUUCUUGUUAUAUCACAUUUGCAGCCAUGGAUACCAGAGAAUGGACCACCAAAUGGUUAUGGUGCAUUUCAUCAACAAUAUUGGUUAGACGAUGAACUAAUAGCUGUUGGAGUCAUAGACAUUUUACCAUUUUGUGUUUCGAGUGUUUACUUUUACUACGAUCCAGCGUACUCUUUCUUAUCUCUCGGAACGUUUAGUUCUUUGCAUGAAGUUUGCCUAACGAGGCAAUUAAAUAAAACGGCCAAGGAUUUACAGUACUAUUGCAUGGGAUUUUAUAUAAACACUUGUCCAAAGAUGCGAUAUAAAGCAAAGAUGAAGCCAUCGAAAUUACUUUGUCCUGAAACUUACAAGUGGUUUGACGCAGAAUCUUGUAUUAAAAAAUUGGAGAAAGAAAUAUACUGCAGGUUUAACGAUGACAUCGACGCCGUUGACCAAGAUGGCAUAGUCGAUAUUAAGAAGGUACUGAUCUUGUACAAAGAAACAAUAAUGCCAUUCAGAAUCUACAAAGAACGAGCUCGAUUGAACGGACAUCCUGUAUCAAAAGAGGAAGAAGAGCAUAUCAAGCAGUAUGCGAUUUUGGUCGGAAUGAAGUGUGCUCAACGUAUGUUGCUCUUGCCUUAUUACCUUUCACUCUCUAUAAGUUUGUCUUAAUAUAUUCUCCUUUUCGCAUAUUUCUGUUUCUCGAGGUCGCUGUAGAUUGUAACAAAAUAACACUAAUUAGAAAUAAAUGAUAUUAAAUGUAUCUGCUUCGAAUAGAGUAUUUUGUGAUCAGGCGCGAUCUACAGUGCGAAUAAAAGCUUUU